AUGGCCACGGAUCCAUACCACAGCUUUGCCGCCGAGCUGCGUAACUCGUUGAGGUCAGCGCAAGAGCUAGCAGGUACAUAUUCCAAAGGCUCGGCCUCAAGCACGAACACGGACACGGACUCCCAAAGAGCGGCGCACGAUGCGCUCGUAGAUGCCCUCGAAGCUCUAGAAGCGGACAUUGCGGAUGUAAGGGAGAGCGUAAAUGUGGUAUCCCGGUCGCCCGAAAGGUUUGGCUUGGAUGAGCAGGAAUUGGGCAACAGGAGAAGAUUCGUCAAGGACUGCGAAGAGCAAUUCAAACGCUUGUCCAAAGUGCCGGGAGAAAGACCUACGACGACUCGAAAGUAUGCGCCUGAUGCGGGAGAUGCGGACGCUGAUCUGGAAAGAGGUGCUUCUAGAGGAGAUGAUGAUGUCGAGGCGUUUGAGCGCGAACAGCAACAAGUGAGUGUCGAGGGCUGAGAAGCAAGCGCAUGGUCGACGUGCGCUAGUAGUCGCACGGCCAUGCGCGUGACGAUCUCGAGUCUGACUCCUUCACGUCUCAUCCUUUUAUUCGGACAGUCAUUAUUGGCCCAGCAGGACAACACCCUGUCGCUUAUCGGUCGCUCCCUCACCUCCCUGCGUACGCAAGCUUCCGCAUUCGGAACAGAGAUAGCCGAACAGGUGGAGCUCGUGGGAGCACUCGAUUCGGAAGUCGAUACGAGUCAGAGCAGGCUCAAAAGGGCAAUGGGCCGACUGGAUGAAAUUGCCAGACGGAGCGACGAUAGAUGUGGUGGAUGGUGUGUCUGGCUGCUUGUCGUUGUGAGUGCGUGGGGUCGCGUCAUCAGGUUUUCACGCUACUGCCCCGUAGCUUGAUGAGCAAGCAGGCACUGCUUUCUGCGGACGAUCUUGACCCGCCCACACCUUUUCUACGGCAGGCGUUGAUGUUUGUUCUCUUGCUCGUCAUUUUGAUAUGA